AUGAUAUACUGCAAUGAAGAUGCAAAACGAUUACAUGAUGAUCUAAUGGCCAAUUAUAACAAACAUCGACGGCCAGCUCCGGCAGCUAAUAAACCGAUAACUAUCAAACUAAAGUUACGACUUUCACAAAUCAUCGAUGUGCAUGAAAUUGAUCAGAUAAUGACAUGCAGUGUUUGGCUCAAACAAGUAUGGAUAGACAAAAAACUUUCGUGGAAUCCAAAAAAUUACGGUGGUGUGAAUGUGCUGUAUGUACCGUAUGAAAUGAUUUGGGUACCCGAUAUUGUCCUCUACAAUAAGUAA